ACAUUUCUUUUUGUGUGUAUAUUAUACACGACAUGUGGGCGCCGAAUACAGAAACCUAAUAGUUUGGCUGUACCUUCAAAGAUAAUGAGAUAGCGUCAACAAAGUGUACUACAUUAUGACACUUAUUGAACAUUUAAUAGAAUCUGUAUUAUACAUUACUGAAUAUAACAACUGCAAAGGUCAAUAAAUGCCGCCACAAAAGUUUGACACGUACGUAAUUGCUGUCUAAUGAAGUCACCUAUAGAUCUGUAAGCUUUGAUAUAAACAAAGAAAAACAACUUCCUAGAAACUACGAGUUUAAUUGUUUGAUCAAUACUAUGAAAAUCAAUAAAUCGAGAUAGCUAGGUGAGCAGACAAUUAGACAUAUAAAGAAAAUUCCAGAUUAAUCAAUUUCUUCACUUCUAUAGUUCUAUGAAACAAAAAUAGAUACUAAAGGAGUGGAGAAAAUUUUAUAACUUGCGAAAAUUAAAAAAAAUCGUUUAGAUCAUCUUCAAUCAGUUUAUAUAUAUAUAUAUAUAUAUAUAUAUAUAUAUAUAUAUAUAUAUAUAUAUAUAUAUAUAUAUAUAUAUAUAUAUAUAUAUAUAUAUAUAUAUAUAUAUAUAUUCUGUUAAAAUUAGAGGAAAUCAAAAAAAAGAAACUUUUUCAUUGUAUUCUUAUGACCUGAAUAUUUUAAAGGAAAUUUGAACCAAUAACAUUUUUUUAUAUAUUUCACUAACUAACCAUUUUCCUUUUUUUCUCUUCAUUUUUUUCUAUCUCUCUCUACUCUUUCACUAUUAAACUAAUAUUUCUCCAAUAUAUUCACUCAGCAAAUUAUCCGAUAUUUUAUUAUUUUCUGUAUAUUUAAAAAAAUUUAGAGAAAUAAUGUUUUUACAACAGCAUCAUUCUUUUAUGGGAUAAUUUGCAAAAUACCCUAUUUAGGAUUUGAAAUUUGAUAACUACAUUUUCUAUUUUACUUUUUGAAAAAUACACCUUCUGAAUUAUGAAUUGACUUUUUUACCCAAGAUGUUUCAAUAAUUAAGAUAUUAAUUCGAAAUUAAUAUAUAAAUUCGUAAUUAAUAAAAAUAAUAUCAUUAAAAUUAUUUUGUUUAAGUUAAAUAUGUUAUUUUUAUCAUUUAAAUUUUAUAAUAACAAAGAUAAAUAUGUAAAUUAUGAUUUUUUUUUACUUUAUCAUGAAGUUUAUACAUAUUUCCCUUUAUUUUAUUUUAUUCAACUUAUAUAAACAAGUCACGUUGUUAAAAAAAAAUUUCCUUGAAUUUCCAUGAUUCUUUAUUCACCUUCCACUCUCUUGAAACUCUAGCCAAACGCAGCAUAAUAUUCCUAAAAAAAAAAAAAAACAGAACUACUGUCAGAAUAAAAUAGAAUUAGAAUUAGAAACUAAAAUAUGAUUAGUCAACAAACCUCUAAAAGAAAGAAUCUGUGAAACUAAAAGAAAAAAAAUGAAAAAAAUCAGAAAUAGAGAGGAUACGAAAGAAGGAGACGAGAAGAUGAUACACGUCUUGAUUUCUUUAUUUUUCAAAAUAAUAAAAAAAUUAAGAUAUUACUAAAAAGAUAUGGAAAUGAUAUUGCUUAGAUAUAUUAAAAAAAUAUUAGAUAGAUUCUCUAACGAUUUUUUUUUUUAAAAAAAAACAAAUUUUAAACAAUAUAUUAGAAAUUGCGAUUAAAAAAACAAUUUUUAAACAAUAUAUUAGAAAUAUUAAGAUUGGACAAUUAGGUAAAUUUAUAUAUAUAUAUAUAAGUGUAUUUUCCAAAAAAAGAUAAAUAAGGGUGUAGUUUUCAAAUUAUAAUCUUAUUUGAGUGCAUUUCUCCAAAUUUUCCCUUCUUUUAUUAGUAAUAAGAGGAGUUUACAUAAUCUUCAUGAUCAGUUACAGAUUUGGGAACAUAAUGAAGAAAAAAUAAUGUUUUAUUUUAUACAAUUAUAUAAUCAUUAACCUUUUUAGAAAUUUCUUUUUUGAAGAAAAAAAAAGAAGGACUGGAAAUGUUUUACAAUUUUUUUAUAAAAGAACAGAAACCCGUAAUUUUCUUUGUUUGUUUAAUCAGUUAAAUCUGCGGGAUUAUAAUUUAUAAAAAUAAAGAAUAAUAUCUCAAUCUUUGGGAGGAAACGAUUGGCAGAAGUACGUUUUUGACUUUCCGUGCAACUCCAGUUCGACGUGGGGUCAUGAUUUACCAGUAAGUAUUUAUUAUGUUUAAUUUUAAAUUGCACCAAAAACUAUAAUAUUGUUUUUUUUAAACUAACUAUAAUAUUGUUUUCAUAAUUGUUUUGUAUGUUUUCUGAUCCGAGAUGCCUCUCCUGCUCUAAAAUACUCUUGCCGUCUUUCACACAUGACAUUUGUUGGAAGUCUCGUAUAGAAUCUUGCAGUUAUUUUUUCUUUCUAAAAAUAAAAUAACUCAAGACAAUUUCAUCCACCAAAAGUUCAAAAAACUCUAGUUCGAAGCAAAGUUGGACUGAUUUUGUUAACAAAAAGAUAGCUGGAUUGGCUUUCAAUUGUAUACUCCUUUUUUGAAGUGAAAGUUUUGAAGUAUUUUACACACAAGUUAAAAAAUCAUAUAUAUUUAUAAGAAAAUUUUGAUUCUGUUUCUUUAAAAUCAUUUAUUUUCUAACUAAAAAUAACUUACUGACAAUACUACACCAAAUUUUUUUUUGGUAAAAAAUUACACCAAAAAUUUACGAAUAAUAAAAAUGUAGAAUAUAUAAUGGUCAACAAAACAAUUUUUUCAUUAAAGAUGUAAGAAUAUCACAUAAAAUAAAUUUCCAAUUUUUUAAUGUUGACUAGACUUAUUAAUUAGGAAAAAGUGAAGUCAAGAAAACGAUAAAAGGUAUAACAGUUAGCUUCAAAAAAAUGUGCGAGAAACUGUUUGUGAAAUGACGAUAGAAGUAUUAUAGUCAGUAUAUAAAAUGAAAUAAAGGAAAUGCAAAGUCAUGGGUGAUAAAAAAAGGUGAGGGGUCGGUGACCUCAGGAUUUUUUUAUAAAGCCGCCCUUUAUGCUACAUUGCUAUGUUACCUUUUUUUUUUGAAUAUCUCAUAAGGUUUGCAUGAGGUCGAGAAGUCUCUCUUCUCUACGACUUCUGUAAAGUGUAAAUGGAGUCGUUGAGACACAUGUCUGCAUGUGGUCAUACUCUUUCUAAUCCAUUCUUCUUUAGAACUCUUGUAAUGGAAGUCAUCUAAUUGGUUGUUACAAUAUGGUUAUGAUUGGAAAAUUUUGGAAUAAUGCCGAGUAAAUAUAAAUGUGAAAAAUAGAGUAAAUAUUAAAAUGUAGAAAGACGAAAGAAAAACAAAAAGUAACGUUAAUUGUAUUUCUCUUGUCAAUUCAAAAGUAACACUUUUACUGUUUUUCCACUUUAUCAAUAGUAGACAUAGUAAAACUAAAAUAGUAAUAGUCAUUCUGAUUGAUAACAUUUUAGCUGAAUUUGAAAUAAAAUUGUUUUAUUCCAAAUAUUUACUCCAAAAGAGUCUGAUCGGUAAACAUUGGAGUAAAUAAGAGUAAAUGAGAGUAAAAGUUAUAGAAUAAAUGAGUGUAAAAGUGAUAAAAUAAACAAAAGUAAAAAUUAUAACCAGACUAUGUGCUUUCGUCUUUAAAAGCUACGAUGUAAAAAGAAAAAAAAAGCUCUCAUACCUUUGUUUACACAGUGACGAGAGGAAACAGGCUUCGAAUGGUGACCAUUGUUCCGUCCCGCCCCGCAGUUAACAGUAACAAAAAUCUUUACAUAUACUAUAUAUCUAUACAUUUUUAUAACUGUUAGAACCGCACCGCAGUUGAACCGCUUGUCCCGCACCGCUCAAACCGCAGUCACCAUUCGGAUAAUAAAAUACUAUAAUUAAGUUGUGUUUCCAUCUGAUUGGAGAAAUUCACGACAGACGUGAGAGUAAUAAAGUUUUAGCUGAAAGAUUAUCGCUAAAGGUGACAUACAGUCAUAGCCUAUACAAUCACACCCUAUGGCUCGUAAAACAAUUAGAUAUAUCUCAUCGAAAAAAGGAUAUAUGAUAUUCCUUCCGUUCCUUAAAGAUACAUAUUCUAGAAAAAAAAAUUUGUUUUUAAAAAAUUUAUUUUUUACAUUUUUAAUGCAUGUUUUGUUAACAAAUUGCAAACUUCAAAAAUCUUAAUUGCACUAAUUAAUUUUUUUAUUGGCUUAAAAUUGUGGAAAAAAGAUAAACACAAAAAAUUAUGUAAAUGUAAUAUGUUUUAUUAAAAUGUGUGAAAAUUCUAGUAUAUCUUUUAAGAACACAGGGAGUAGUAUAUGAUAUGUCGUUGACAACUAGCAACCGUUUUAUGCAAUUCUAUCAUUUUAAUUUCAAUGCAGUAUUGAUGCAUAAAUUUUGAAAUGUCAACCAGAUCAAAUCGGUCUAGGCCACUGUUGACUGGAUUCAAAAUUUUGGAUGUUUGGAACUAACACAUUUUAGUAUAUAUAAAUUUGAUAUGAAGUGUAUGUUUUACCAAACUACAUGUAAUAGUAUUUAAAAAAUUAAUUAUUCAUGAAUGAAAAACGCUCUCUGAUAUGUUAGCUUUACUAAAAAAAACUGGAAGUAGAGAUGGUAAUAUGGACUAUGUUCCGCGGGUCUGGUAUAUUAAGACAUGUGGUGGGGCGGGUUUGGUCAUGCAAAAUAUAAACCCAUUUUUUAAUGGAUUUUGCGGGUGUGAUCUGCACGGUAUUGGGCUAUUUCGGGACAGACCGAAUUUAAUUUGCGGGAAAAUGGGUUCUUGUCGAAUUGUGUUACUUGCAUCGAGAAUCUUUUUUCUUGGUUCUUUUUAUUCGGUUUCACUUACACCGAGGAGAAGUAGAGCGACAAGUUUGGCGAUUGCAUGUUCUUCACUUUCUUCACUUCUUAUUCGAUCAAAAUGAUCACAAUUGUUAGUCUAUUAAGUUUCUUCUUUCCUUUCAAUCAUGACUCUUCUUUUCGUUGUUGUCGUUGUUUGUUUUUCAUUCUUCUCUUCACCGAAAAGAGAGAGGCGACCACAGCUGAACCUCUUCCUUCUCUACACAGUAGAUCGACAUGCAUGGACACAUGCAUAUAUUUCAUUCUUCUCAAUGGACACUAUUUUAGAGUUCAACUUAAAACACUGUAGGUAACUGUCUGAUUGACCUCUCAUCUUUAUAUUAUAUGCUUUUCUAGGGAAAGGAAAAAGAGAACUUUCACCGGGAUCGAAAAGGAUUACCUUCGACUUCGAACAAGAGUUUCGAGGAAUCAUAUGGUAUUAUGAACCGACGUCCCGCAGGCCGACCGCUAAGGCCUAUACCAUUGGCGGGGCGGGAAUUUUCAGUUAAAACAAUCAAAGUUUAAAAAAGAACAGCUCAUACUAAAACAAUCAACUGAUACUUAAUACCAUAAAUCAACCAAGACUUAACUGCUAUAUAAUCAUUAUUUAAAAUCAUCAAAUAAGAGUAGCCAAUACUUUAUCAUAAAAUAUGAUUCCUCGAAGGUCUUGGUCGAAGUCUAAGGUCUUCCUUCUCGAUCCCGAUCCCGGUGGCAGUUCUAUUUUUCCUUUCCCUAAAUAAGCAUGCAAUCAAAAUUUUAGAAGUCAAUUCGACAGUUACAUGCAGAGUUUAGAAGUCAAUUCGACAGUUACAUGCAGAGUUUUAAGUUUAACUCUAAAAUCAUGUUCACUGAAAGGAACGAAAAAAAAAAUGUAUAAAUGUGUGUGUGUGUCCAUGCAUGUCAAUCUACUGUGUAGAGAUCUGCGGUCGUCACUUGGCAGUGAAGAGAACAAAUAAAUAACAAACGAAGACAACAACAAGAAAAAGAGUCGUGAUUGAAAGGGAAGAAGAAAUUUAGAAAACUAACAGUUGUGAUCAAAAUGAAGAAGAAGAAAAGUAAGCGAAGAACAUUUUCAAUCGCCAGACUCGUCGCUCUACUUCUCCUCGGUGAAAGUGAAACUGAAGAGACAGAACCAAGAAAGAAGAUUCUCGGUGCAAGUAACACAAUCCGACAAGAACCCAUUUCCCCGCAAAUCAAAUUCGGCCUAGCCCAAUACCGUGGGGAUCACACCCGCAAGACCCACAAAUAAUGGGCCUCGAUUUUUCCUGACCAGUUCCACCCUGCCACAAGUGUUAAUGGGCCAGGGUCUGCGGAACGGAUCACAUAUUGUCAUCUCUAUACUACAUGAACCUAUAUUAAACGACUAACAAUGUUUAUAUAUUAACUAAAUGUUUUAAACUUAAUAUUUUUUUAAACUGGACAUUUUUAUUUGAACACAAUUUAUAAAGUGAAUAUAUUAAUCCGAUAUUUUAAAUUACCAGAAAACAAAACUGAAAAACCAAACUAAUUUGAAAUUGCAUAGAUAUCUAACAAUUUUUAUGUAUUUGAAAUGCUUGUUAUUUUACAUUAAUCAAAUAUUUAUAAUGAAUUGUAAUUUUGUUGCCAAUCAAUUUUUUUUAUACUUUCUAAUCUACAAAAACUACAUUUAUACCGCUAUUAUAUCAUACAACACUUUCGUUCGGCUUUUCUUAAAUCAUCAAUGUAUAGUCACCAUUUAGAUCCACAGUGAGAGAAGUUGGAGUGGUUUUAAGCAUUUAAAUGCUUCCAAUGUCACUUGGUCGAAUCUUAUGAUUUUUUUUUUGUAUUUUUAUGGUUUUAAAAAUAUAAUAGACCAAUUUUUUUUUAAAUUCUUUUUUUAACACUGGAUAAUUAUGCUAUUACAACUAUGAGAAAUAUUACAAACGAUUCUAUAGCCGACAAUUCUACCUGCCGUAUGAGGGUUCACGCAUGACUGCAUCACCUGAGUCGCCCUACGGGAUCCACGCUUGACGAUACUCAUUGCGCCAUGCUGCAUAUCUUUUGUAAACCUUUUCUCCCCCUUAAUUUACAUAAUUCCGCCAUCUCCGCGAAUUGAAACCAGACCUCCUGGUGUAGAAGCAUUAAUGAACAUUUGGUCAAACCACUGGACCAAGGGAACUUCCACAUAAAAAAAAAUCUGGAACCGACUCUAAUUGUACCAACGUUUCAUAUUUCAAACCUAGAUCUAAGUAGAUUGACACAAGGAGAACGAAGAGGGUACAAAUCUAAUAGCAACGACAUAAAAUUAUCGUAACUGGCAAACACGGUUUUUGGUAGGCAUGAACAUUCGGGGACCAAUCGGUUUGCGGUUCGAAUUCGAUAAGGUUUCGGGUUUAUAAAUUUCAACCUCAUUCGGAUAUUAUAAAACUACGAUACACAUUCAGUACGGGUUAGUCGGUCCGGUUUGGAUUUAAUAACAUCUCUAAAGACCGGUUUGAACCUGAUAUAAAUUCAGAUUUCAGAUCUUUAUUAGGUUUUUGGUUCCAACAUAUAGAUAUGUGCUUAGUUAUACCUGAAAUUCAAAUAAAGAUCCAAUAAAACAAAGAUCAAAACCAAAAAAAUUAAAUAAGAAAUGAGAAAUGCUUUUGUGACGACUCUCUUUGUAUAUAUUUCAGGUAUUUUGAACAACUUAUAAGAGAAAUGUAUUUUUUGGAUUUUUGUAUAUUAAAUAUAAAAAAAUCUAUUUAUUUAUAUAAUUUUGAUUGGAAUUUUUUUGGGUACUAAAAAUAUUUUGGUUCGGAUCGUGUUCGGAUUGGGUUUUUUAAAUAGUAAAUUUUUUUACCUGUUUGAAUAGUUAAUCAGCUUUGGUACCGGAUUUGAAUAUUUUGCCCGGCCCAAAUUUCUGGAGUGCACCGAAAUUGUAUUUACAGUGAAUCCAUUUUUUUUUUUGCAAUUUUAGUUACAAUUUAAUGUUUUUCAAAUAUUUAUAACCCAUUUUGCAAAUUAUUUUAUUAUUCUUAUAUAUAUUAAACAUGCACAAGGUCCACCAACAGAAUGAGCCAGGCCUGCUAAUUAGUAACUUUCUUUAGGGUCAUCUUCAUCGAUAAUGAGAUGAUCUACCUGUUCAUUAGCAACCAACAUAUGAUCUCCGCGAGUUCCCACUUUCCAAUUUUGCAUAAUCCAACCAAGAACCCUACAGUUAUUUCUCAAAUUCUUGGGCCGAGAAUUCAAGACAUAAGGUCCACCAAGUAUAACUUUACAAACAUAUUUGAUUGUUUUCUUACGAUAUUUAAAUUAACAGUUACGAAUUAAAAGAGCGUAGAUUAAUCCCGAAACAUUUGAGUACAAAAAAGAAAGUUGAUGGGCCAACUGUAUGCAAGAAUCACCCACACGGUCUUACAGCAUUUCAGUUCUUGAUAUUUACAAACCUUUUUCUUUUUGCUACACUGUGAUUUCCAUGAUAUAAAAAACCUCUAUUCAGAAACUCGUCACCCCAUUUUAUUUUUUUAACACUUUACAUCAUUUUGAAGACUCAACACCCCCAUUUUAUUUUUUAACACUUUACAUCAUUUUAUAUUUCUCCCAUCUUAUCAUUCAAUACACAUUUAACUUUUACACACUACAAUAGCUUUGUCUAAUACAAUUCCAUACACUACAGUAGAACCUCUAUGAAUUAAUACUUAAUAAAUUAAUAAUCUCUAAAUAUUAAUAAAUUUUAUCGGUUCCAACUUGGGCCAGUGUAAAAUAUAACAAAAAUCGACAAAAUAAUAAGAUAAUAUUUUUAAAACUCCUAUGUAAAUAUAUAGUCCAAUUAAAAUCAUAAAUUAAUAAUCUAUCUCUAUAUAUAUUUUAUAUAAGUAUAAACUAAACAUUAUAUUGUUGGUUUUAUAUUCACAAUAAAAAAACUUCUAUUUUUCUUAAUAUUUUAAUAUAUUUUGAUAAUAUUUAGUAAAAUUAUAUCGAAAACCACAUAACAAUUAUAUGAAACAUAAAAAUAUACACCAAAUUACAAAUAAGAUAAUAAAAUAAUAUGAAAGUCAAAUUUCUAAACUUUAAAUAAUUUACAUAUGGUAAAAUCAAAUAUUUUCUUAUUUUGUUAAUAAAAAUAUUCAAAAAUAUAAAAAAUAUAAAAAAGAAACUUUUGUAAAUUAAUAUCUCUAUAAAUUAAUAAAAUUUUAAAGUCCCAACAUUAUUAAUUUAUAGAGGUUCUACUGUAUUUUACUAAUUAAUAAUUAUUUUUCUACAUUUAAAUUAAAUAAACUUAGUCUUUAUCAUUUAAAAAGCAUAUGCAAUUCUAAAUGUUUUAGUAAUAAUAGUUGACUGAAUAAUAAAAAUCGUUAUGAUUAGUAUGGGGAUUGAGUUGGUGGUGUAAAAGCAAAACAUCAAAUCAUCUAGUUUACUUCCUCUAUAUUAAUUAUCAAAUGAUAUUCUUGUUUCAGUUUAAAUGAUAACUAUUUAAGUUCUCAAAAGCUAUAUAUAUUCGACAGUUUUGUGUUUAAAUAGAUGAUAAAUGAUGUGUAACUUAGAAAUAAGAAAUGAUAUGCUAAAUGUUAUGUGAAAAGUCUAAAACAUUUGUUUACUUUUCAUAUAAGAUUUAAUUUAACUAUUACAUAUUUUCACAACAUUCCAAAUUGACCGCGAGAGAGGUUUACUUCUAAUCUCUUAAAAUUUAAAUUUAUGAUAAUCUUUGCAUCUGUUAAUAUAUAAAAACUGCAUCAUAGGAAAAUCUAACACUAAACACCUAUAAUUCUUGGUCACUAAACCGAUUGGUUUCCACAUAAGAUAAUGCUUUGCCAUAAACAUGUAAUGUUGGAAGCUUUGGGGAGUGUUCUUAUGCAAAUGGCAUAUUUCUAACUAUGUGUCAUCAAAUCUAAUGACCUCUUCUUUUAUAGUUUGAUAUGAUUCGUUUUUUUUUACGGAUAUUAAUCCGUAUAAAGUAAUUGAAUCAAAGCCAGUAAUUGCCAUCCAAGCAUCGAAUCUAAUGACCUCUUCUUUUAUUAUUCCAUUUUUUUCAAAAUAUUUAUAGAAACGAAAAGUUUCAAUGGUUAAGAUUUUUUUUUAAAUUUCCUAUUUAUGUUAUUGGCCCUAGAAGAAAGUUUGCAGUUAUUCAAAAAUCUCUCGACCGUUUAUUCAUUUUUAUUAUCAACGGUUAAUUACUUGUGUGAGAGACACAGAUAUGUGCUUCAUGACUCACUUAUCAAAAUAUCUCCCACCAUUUAUUUUUACUAUUGUAAAUCACCGAUAUAUAAAUAUAUUUAAUCUAAUUACUUUUUGCAGUAUGGUGUACUAAGCCUGAAACAGCUAAUAUAAGUGUCUACACAAACCCCACACCUCAUGUCGUAGUGAGUUGCUGACAAAAAAAAACAUAAAGCAUCUAAUAUAAUCGAUCGAGCUUAGACUCUUAGAUUCCAACUUUGCAAAACCGAUUAGUUACAAUUUCUUUGAAUUUAAAUGAAGUUCCCAAGUUCAGCUAAAAAUUCUGCAUAUAUAACACAUUUAUAACCCUAUUAAAAUCCCGUUUUCAGAAAUAUGAAGUUAAGGACUCACAUUCUUGAUAGCAUAGAUAUAUUUGAAUAAAGCGAAAGCUAAGAAUGCACUUUUAUAUAAAAUAGUAAUGGUGGAUUUAAAUAAAAUUAUCUAAAAACGUUACCACUUUUUAUGACCGGUUUUCCGUACAUGCAUAUUUUAAACUAUUAUAACUUUUGCUUUGUACACCAAAUUAUGUUUUAAAGUGGGGCUAGGCGACGAAGUGCUGGAACACACUCUAAGCCUAGGCGAGCGCUUAGGGACGCCUUUGGUACCAGAGGCGCAACUACACAAGAAAACAUAAAGUUAGCCGUCUUUGUUGAUCCUAAACCAUGUUAGCACUUUUUGUAAUUAUAAAACCACGUAGAGGCAAGAGUGAAUAUAUAAGGCUAUAUAUGCAAAGAGUUUUAGUUAAGACUUGUAAUUAACUUUAUUAGGUUUUUAUUAGGUACGACGAGGCUUUGCUGAGCUAGCACUUUUGUUAAACGGCCUAACCUCAUUUAUGCUCAGCCUGACCUCCCCUUAAGCCUAGGUUUAGUCUGCGCUUUUUAACACAUGCUGCAAUGGCUCACAAAACGUGUCUGACUUGCAAAUCGCCUGUUUUAUUGUAGUGAUUCAUCCCUUAAGCAUUGGCUCUUGACCUUGAUCAAUAGGUGACUACAUCUGACUAUGUACUAGAACUUGAAAGCUUAUCAUCUUUUACAACAAUAUAGUUGUUUAUCUGCAUUUACAUCUUAUACAAAGUUAGAUUGGAUUUUAAGAAUUAGUGGGUCGCUGGCAUCAGUCUCUCUUUACAGCUAGUGGUAACAUCCUGUGAUAAGAAAACCUAAUAAUCCUGUUCAAUUAUAAUGGUACUAGUUAGGUAAAGCAGCAAAAUAUAUAUAAGAUUAAUCUGUAAAAGGGAUACAACUGGAAUGGAUUUAUAUAUUCAUGAAGCUUAAACAAGAAUGUUGGGAAGUAACUAUACAACUUACAGAACUUAUCAAAAGUUACUAUAAAAGUUGCUAUCCUUAUGAGAAUCCAUUAUCUUUUAAGUAAACAUCAUUGUCCAACACUAACUAACUCCCCCCUUAAUCACGUGUGUUUUGUACUAAUUAAUCUUCAUUAGCUUCUCUGCCUAUAUAAUAUGAACUCCAUCCUAAGGUUAGAACAACUCAAAUCCAGAACAAGCCAUUACCUCUGUUCCAUCUAUAUACCGAGAUGGAAAGCUUGGUGAUUCCUACGCAAGAAGUUCAUAUCGAUAUCGAUGACUCGCUAUCGAUCAGUAAAGAGAGAAACACUGACCUCGUUCAUGCCAAACCCAUUGUUCUAAUGUCUAUUUUGAGUGGUCUCCAUGCGGGCUAUUUCAGAAUAAGCCUCUCUCUCUGCAGCCAAGCUCUGCUGUGGAAGAUAAUGAUUGCACCUGAUUCAAUGAGCAUGUCCCAUUUGCAUAGCAAUCUCCCGUCUAUGGCAUUCCAUCUCCUGUGGUACUUAGCACUUGCAACACAAGUGUUACUCUGUCUUUUGUAUGCGUUGAAGUGUUUUUUCUUCUUUGACAUGGUGAAGGAAGAGUUCUCCCAUUAUAUUGGAGUGAACUAUCUUUACGCUCCAUCCAUCUCAUGGCUUAUCUUGCUUCAGUCAGCUCCCAUGAUGGAACCACAAAGCAUUUUGUAUCAGACAUUAUUCUCGGUGUUUGCUCUUCCGGUCUUGACCCUCGACACAAAGCUUUAUGGCCAGUGGUUCACCACAGAGAAAAGGUUUUUGUCGAUGAUGGCAAACCCGGCAAGCCAAGUAUCAGUAAUAGCAAACCUAGUGGCUGCAAGGGGAGCAGCAGAGAUGGGUUGGAGAGAGUGUGCUUUAUGCUUGUUCUCGCUAGGGAUGGUUCACUAUUUGGUUAUCUUUGUCACACUUUAUCAACGCCUACCAGGUGGAAACAACUUCCCGACCAAGCUGAGGCCAGUUUUCUUCUUGUUCUUUGCUGCACCAGCCAUGGGAAGUUUAGCUUGGAACUCUAUUUGUGGAAGCUUUGAUCCUCUAGCAAAGAUGUUGUUCUUUCUUUCAAUCUUCAUCUUCAUGUCUCUGGUCUGUAGGCCAAAUCUUUUCAAGAAGUCAAUGAAGAGAUUCAAUGUCGCAUGGUGGGCUUACUCGUUUCCAAUCACCUUUCUUGCUUUAAACUCAGUUCAGUAUGCACUGGAGGUGAAAGAACAGGUCGCUGCUGGAUUAAUGCUCAUCUCCUCAUCUAUCUCAGUUUUGAUUUUCCUCGGUUUGAUGAUACUGACCGCAGCAAACAGCAAUCGACUACUCAGACGUGAUCCUGUUCUCGGUUCUGUUACUAGUCCAAAAGUCAAGUCAAGGCAAAGAAGCUAGUCUUCUUAAGAUUUUCCACUUACAAAACCAAGUGCUUGUUUUUUUUUUUUUGGUAAACAUGUUAAAGAUUAUAUUACCAAACCCAAGUGCUUGUUUUUUCAUAGCUUCCAUGUUCUUUUUUUAUGUGUACUCUUUCAAUGUAUUGAUGCAACCACCAUGGUUUUAAGUUUUAA